UAGAAAGAAAAUACAAACAAAAAAUAAACUAUUCGUAUCUCGAUUUUUUUCAUCUUUGAAAAUGUUUUCUAAUAUAUCCUACUUGGCUAAUUCUUCUAGUACAGACGUAGGAAUGUCUGAUUUAGAAAUUCAGAGGCUCAAUUAUCCUAAAUGGGGACAUCAGAUAGUUGGAUUGUUCUUAAUGUUUGUUGGAAUAUUAGGUUUUAUAGAAAAUUCGUUAGUGCUUUUCACGUUUUAUAAAUCGAAGCAGUUACUAUCACCGACAAAUGUUUUUAUCUUAGGGUUAGCUAUUGGAGAUUUUUCCAUGGUUAUCUUUGGCAACCCUUUGGCUUUUACGUCGGCUCUAAAUGGCGGAUGGUUUGCUGGCGAUUUUAUGUGCACAUGGGAAGGAUUUAUUGUCUAUUUUAUCGGUUGUUCACAAGUUUAUCUCAUGAUGGCCAUCGCCGUUGACCGUUACAUUGUGAUAGCAAAGCCACUGAAAUCUUCGAUGAUUACUAAACGAGUGGCGGCGCUAUGUGUAGCGGCAUGUUUUGGCGGUGGGUUAUUCUGGGCUUUGAUGCCAUUUGCAGGAUGGUCAGCGUACGGACUUGAAGCGUCGGGAAGUUUUUGCGGCCUGCAUUACGAGGACAGCAGCAAGUCGUAUAUAAUGCUAAUAUUUAUUUUUGACUUUUUCAUACCUCUCUUGGUAACGAUAUACUCCUACUUUAAAGUUUUUAUGACGGUUGCUAACGUGAACAAAACAAUGGUUUGGGAUAUGAAAAGUCGAGUAGCAAGAAAGAACCUUAAAUUAGAAAGAAAGAUGUUGAAGAGCUGCAUCAUUAUGUGUGUUUGUUUCUGGGCAUGCUGGUUCCCGUAUGCUCUCGUUUCGUUCUGGCAAACGUUUGGCAACCCUGAAUCGGUACCAAUCUGGUUAGCGGAGAUACCAGCGGCUGCCGCCAAAUCAGAGGUAAUCUUCAACCCGGUCAUAUACGUGGCAACUAACAAGCAGUUUCGACAAGCAUUCUACAAAAACCUGCCCUGUUCUGGCUUGAGAGACAUGCUUGUAAAACGAGAAGAGGAGAAGGUACAGUCUUCGAAAGAAUCCGAUAUCUCGGACAAGCAUGAAGACCCGGCGACGAACAAUGCUAACCCAAAUGCCGUAGCUCCUGUCGCGGAACAUGGUCCGACAAUGGUGGAGUGCUGAAAAGAAAAGUUCUUUUGUCUUUGAAAUGGCCGUGCAACAACCUGGAGAUUAGAGAAGCACGUAUUGCUUGGAUUACUGCGAGAAAGGAUAUUGCACUGGAUUUAAAAUAAAAUUAUACAUCGAAUUAUUCAAGUGCCAUCCUAUGAACCAACAGUGUCCGCUUCUUUAAGACGGAAAUAUUGUAUGCUUAUUGUGCCAACGUUGUUUAAUAGCCUAUUGUGUUGUUAGUCUUAUUUACAUGUAGAAAAUAAUCUCGUAAACACAUUUCGUAUGGCUAUGCCGAACUAUCAUUAUUGGAUUAAUUAAAGUAUAUGUAGUGUGGUCAUCAUAUUGCCGUGUGAUCUGACUACUCGUCAAGAACAAUUUUACUCUUUAUUAGAUAACACGACGUAUACUUCACAUAUCUUUUCAAGGUUAAUUCUUUAGAGAGAUACACCAUAUUAGGAGUGACAUAGAUGUACCCUACAGUGUAUAAAACAACUGAUUUCUCUUUGGUUUCCUUCAUCAUUAGAAUAUAUUCUCUGCACACUGUUUGUUUUCAUUUUGUACAUACGUACGUGAUUGUGACGUAAUUUUGAGAGAACUGUUACUGAUGCUGUAGUUACUUCAUGUUCCAGUCCAUCUGUAAAUAUGUCAUAUUUUUAUUUUGUUAUAAUAUAAUAUAUUGAUUAUGUAUGCGCCAACUAAUGCUUCUGUCUUAAAACGUGCUCUUCUUAUAACCUAUUUCUUUAAUUGAUUGCAUCUUUCGAUUGAACACUCGCCGACUUUUCGAAGUGUAUACUAUUAUGUAUAAGUGAAACAUGUUACUAUUAUAACCUGAUGAAUUUUGUUACUUAUUUAGAACAAUGCAUUUUAAACAUUUUACCAUAAUAAUGUAUUGUUAUAAUUCUUACUGAAUUGUUCAUCUGAUAAUAGCUGUGAAACUAUAAAUCUUUGUCAUGUUGUAUCACACGUUUAGCUUUACUUUCGAUAACUUUACCAUGUUUUGCUUAACCAUUGUCAGUAUCAUUAAAGUAUAUAGGCACGUUUUAGCAGGAUAUAUUGUGAACGAUACUCCUUUCUUUUCAAGUUUUGCCAGAAGUCUGGCCAGAAAAUUGUAAUGUAUUCUCACUGAUAUAUGUAUGGUGUGAUCAUGGUGUGACUU